CUUGCAUUUAACCCAUGUAAGGAAGCUUAAAUAAAAAACAUUAUAUCUUGCAUUAUUUUGAUAUAAAUCUCAUUCUCAGCUUCUAAAAGUAGCUGUCCCUUGUUUUCUUGACAUCAAAAGCAACCCCACCACCUUUCACCACUAUAAAAACAUCUCAUAUUCUUUUUCAACACUGACAACUCUGCUUCAUUCCUCUAUCUCUCUCCCCUUCACUUUUUAUAUGUACAUGUGUAUCUAUACAUGCAUGAAAACAUCCAUGUCUUGCAUCAAAUCUUGCAUUUUCUUCAUAUACAAGCAAUCAAUGCCAUACCACACUCAGAUCAAUCUCAUAGUUCCCAUGGUAAUGGAGGAAAUGAAGAUGAUGACAACCUUAAGCUUCCCUCUUUUCACCAUGGGCUUAGUGGGUUACCUUAAAAACAUGAUUGCAGUUGCAUGCAUGGGCAAAAUGGGAAGACUUGAGUUAGCAGGUGGAGCAUUAGCAAUCGGGUUCACAAACAUAACCGGUUACUCGGUCCUUUCAGGGCUAGCCAUGGGUAUGGAACCCCUUUGUAGUCAAGCUUUUGGUUCAAGAAACCUAACCAUGGUUAACCUAACCCUACAAAGAACAAUCCUAAUGUUACUCUUUGCAUCUUUACCAAUUGGGUUCCUAUGGCUUAACCUUGAGCCAAUCAUGCUUAAGCUUCAUCAAGACCCUGAAAUCACACGUGUUGCUAGUUUAUACUGUCGAUAUGCUGCCCCUGAUCUUAUUGUUAAUAGCUUUUUAUACCCUUUACGGAUCUUUUUAAGAAGUAAAGGGGCAACAUGGUCAUUAAUGUGGUGUACUUUAAUUUCAACACUUGUACAUUUUCCUAUCACCAACACUUUGGCAUUCACCCUUCACUUAGGGGUUCAAGGGGUUGCGAUUUCCACCUUUCUCACAAACUUAAGUACAUCGGUUCUCAUUCUAGGCUACAUGUCUUUUACCCAUAAUACCCCUAAGGAGACUUUAUGUGAACCAAAUGUAAAAGAGUCUGGGGAGGGGUGGGGUGUGCUAUUUAAGCUUGCUAUUUCAAGUUGUUUAGCGGUUUGUUUGGAGUGGUGGUGGUAUGAGUUUAUGACUAUUUUAGCUGGUUAUCUUCAUAAACCACAUGUUACACUUGCUACAUCUGCUAUAGUGAUUCAGACAACUUCUCUUAUGUACACAUUGCCUUCAGCACUUAGCAUGUCGAUAUCAACAAGAGUAGGGAAUGAACUUGGAGCGGGUCAACCGGGUAAGGCCCAUUUGGCGACACUUGUCGCGAUAGGAUUGGCAGUUUUGACUUCAGUUUUUGGGUUGUUGGGGAGUACUUUAGGAAGAGAAGCAUGGGGGAAAGUUUUCACAAAGGAUAAUGAAGUUUUAAAGCUCACAAUGACUGUUUUGCCCAUAAUUGGAGUAUGUGAGUUAGCUAACUGCCCACAAACAACAUGUUCUGGUGUUCUUCGUGGAAGUGCAAGGCCUUCAAAUGGUGCAAGGAUUAAUCUUUGUUCUUUUUAUUUGGUGGGGACACCAGUAGCCAUUAUUUUAGCUUUUGUGUGGAAAUUUGAGUUUUUGGGGCUUUGUUAUGGGCUUUUAGCAGCACAGGUGGCAUGUUUGGUGUCAAUUUUGACUGUGGUGUACAGGACAGAUUGGGAAGAAGAGUCAAAGAAUGCAAGAAAGUUGGUGGGAGGAAGAAGUGAAUGCAUAUAUGAAGGUCAAAUUAUGGAAUGUGAGCAAGGAAUUGGGUUUAUAUAAAGUGACAGAUAUUGAGAAGGGAAUACACGUUUAUGUUUAAAGAUUAUGGUAUUGGAUAACCAUGAAAAUAAACUGUCAUACAAUAUAUGGUAUGUGCUCUCAUUAAAUAUGUAUCAACAUUUUCUGAGCAUAUCUCUUCUUUCUGUCUUUAACUACAUGUAUAUAGACAAAGGGGAAAAUAUGUAUCUUGAUGUUGUUACAGAAAAGGGAAGAAAUUGUUUUCUAUCUAUUCGAAAGGUCUGUUGAAGAACC